UUUAUAAUAAUAAAAAAAAACCAACAACACAAUAGUAACUUCUUAUGAAAAAACGGCAUAUAUGUGUGAAAAUAUCUCUUAAUCUUCAUCUUCUUCUUUUGGCUGUAACAUCUAAAUCUUAUUUUUGGUUUCUUGAAAAUGGAGGUGAAAUCUCAAAUACAGAUUCCGAGAGUAAACCUCGGCAGUCAAGGAUUGGAGGUGUCAGUAUUGGGUUUUGGGUGUGGAGGACUGUCUGGAAUGUUAAACGCUCCUCUGCCUCAUGAAGCCGGAUGUAACAUUAUAAAGGAAGCUUACAAUAGAGGUAUAACCUUCUUUGAUACAGCUGAUAUUUACGGUAAUAAACAUCACAACGAGAUCAUGAUUGGCAAGGCUCUAAAGCAGCUCCCAAGAGAGAAAAUCCAGUUAGCAACUAAAUUUGGUAUCAUUGUAUCAGAGAAUUUUCAAUUUGGGGUAAAGGGUACCCCUGAAUAUGUGAGGGAAUGCUGUGAAGCUAGUCUAAAGAGACUAGAAGUUGACUACAUUGAUCUGUAUUAUCAGCAUCGUGUGGAUACUUCAGUGCCAAUAGAAGAUACAAUGGGAGAGCUGAAGAAGCUGGUAGAGGAGGGAAAAAUCAAGUACAUUGGGCUAUCAGAGGCUAGUGUUGACACUAUAAGAAGAGCUCAUAGAAUUCAUCCCAUCACUGCCUUACAAAUGGAAUACUCUUUAUGGUCUCGUGAAAUUGAAGACGAAAUAAUCCCACUUUGCCGUGAACUUGGCAUUGGAAUAGUGGCAUACAGCCCACUCGGUCAUGGGUUCUUUGGAGGGAAAGCAGUUGUAGAGAGCUUGCCUAAUGAGAGUCUCUUGGUUGGUCAUCCAAGGUUCAAAGACGAAAAUUUAGAGAAAAACAAAGUUAUAUAUGCUCGACUCGCUAAUUUGGCUGAAAAACAUGGCUGCAUACCUCCUCAAUUAGCUCUAGCAUGGCUUCUUCAUCAGGGCAAAGACAUAGUCCCUAUUCCUGGGACAACUAAAGUCGAAAAUCUUGAUAAAAAUAUUGAAUCUUUAUCAGUGAAGCUUUCAGAUGAUGAUUUGAAAGAAAUAUGUGAUUGUGUACCGGCAGAUGAAGUGGCUGGAGAAAGAGAGGUUUCUGCUCUGUCUAAAUAUGCCUGGAAGUUUGCAAAUACUCCUAAGAAAAUCUGAUGUUCUUUUAUCUUAAAAAUCUACAGUGUGUUUAGUAGCUUGUGAAUUGCUUCAUUAAGAAUAAUAAUACAUCAUGAAAAAUAUUAGAAAAUUAUACAUAUUGUACUGCUAAAUUCA